GGAAGCAUCUCCUUUAUAUAUACGUGGUGAAGCAUCUCCUUUAUGAUAUCCAUCUUCAUCAAAAGAAAGAGAAUCAUCGUUUCUGGCGUCUUAUAGAGAAAGGAGAGAAAGUAGAGAGAGAGAAUUUGUAGAAUGAAUAUUGCACUGAAGAAGAAGCAGCAUCUGAGGAAAACCUUAUUAUAUGCGAUUUUCCAUGAAGAAUAGAAGUAUUUACUACUCGAAGUAUUUGUUCUUUGAUCUUGUUCACUUCAUCAAUCGGCAAUUUCUUUAUGUGGAACGCUGUUUAUCCUAUGUUCAUGAUGAUGAUGAUGAUGAUUUUGUCGAAGUAUUAUUAGUUUAAUCGAGUAAAUAAUUAUACGACCAGUUGUUUUUGCGGAAGAUUUAUCAAAUCGAAGAACUGGAGUAGAGAUCGAGUGUUUUCGAUUGAAUCUUCAGGUAUUGAAAACCUAAGCAAUUGCGUAAAUGUGUUUGUUCAUGAGAGAGUCUUUAAUCUGAUCCAGCCUGGAAGGCUUUAAAGUAGUUGUACUGCAUCAAGACGGGCAACAAAAGCAGGUUAUAGAAGCUUUAACAAUUUACACAGACCUAUUCUGCACAAGUUCAAAGUGUUUCAUCAUGCCAGUCUCUGAGAUUGAAAAGGGAGUAUCAACAUCAGGUUGUCGUUUCAGUGACAAGGCAGAGCAUGUACCUAUUAAGAAAAGAAGAUUCUUGUUUAGGUCUCCGUCACCACCACCACCGACUACGAUAUCUCCAUGCACUGAGGAGACUGCAGAUCAUACAAGAAGUCAAGAUGUUUCAGAGAAACUUUUACUGUUGCCAUGUUCUUCUGACAUUAAUUCGGGUCAGAUUGUUGACAAUGAUAGUAGCAUUGAUGCUAAGAAAUCUGCGAAAUUCGGUGACAGAUUUGAUGAAGACUUUUCUGGUAUCUCAAUACUUGCAGCUGCUGCUUGCAGUAGCAGUUUGGGAAGAGAUUGUGGUUACAUGGAGGAUGGUUCAGGCGUUGAAGAGUCUUCAGUGCUGGAGCGAUCGCGUGAUGUUUCUAUUAAUACUGAAGCACCCUCAUCAUCUAAGGGGCGUUUGAACGAAGACAUUUUGAAUUCUUCUGAAAUGUCUAGUGGAGCAACUUCAUCUUGUGUAUACACAGAACCAGUUGGAGAGAUUGCAUCUAUCUCAUCUACUGUAAGUUCAUCUCAGGAAGUUGCAACUGUUGGUAAAGAUGUGAAGGAUGCUUCUAUGGGGGCAGAUUCUCUAACCUUUUCUGGGGAUGCUUCGUUCAGCAAAGAUGAAGAAACAGUGAGGAAUCAAGGGAUAUUGUCCCGAGACGUAAGGCUGCAUUGGGACUUGAAUGUUGUGAUGGAUGCUUGGGAGCAGCCUUUGGAUGAUCUAGAAGCACAGGAUAAUGUUGCUUAUAACACUACUCACGAUGCUUGGAAAGCUAAUUGUAGUGACAAGAUGGAAUCAGAAGUCGAUGAUUCGCGAGAAUAUCAGGGAAGUGCAUAUGCUGCACAAAGCUCUCUUCUACGUGGUGAACCUAUGGCAUCAGCCAAUCAAAGCUCUGGUGAGAUGAAGGACAAUCAAGAUUUUGCCGCUUGCCCCAAUCUCGAGCAGCCUCCUCUCUUAGAUGAAAAGUCUUUGCCAACCAACUCCAACCUUAACUUGGAUGUCAUGAGAUGUAUGGUUGAAGAUACUAAAUGCAGGCAUCAUCAAGAAACUGUCAAUCCCACUGAUGGGUUAGUUGUUGCUGUCCCUAAUGAGACGAUUCAAUUGUCUGCAUCUUGUACUAUCAGUCAGGCUGAGGAUGCUUCUGUGAAGAGUGCGAUUUUGAUUGACAAGGGUACUGACUAUCGAUCAGUGAUGGAGGGCUGUAAGUCAAAUGUUGGUGUGGCUUCCUGUGAGUUACAUAAUCUUAAAAACACAUGUGCUUCUGAUCCUACCUUCGAUGCUGUGUCAGCUGAUACCCAUAUGAGCUUGUGUACGUCUUCAGCUGCAGAGGAUCCAAUUCUGGAGACAGCUAAAAUUUCUCGUUUGGAAGAAAAUGCUCUUGUACAGAAUGUUGACCUGAAAACAGUGGAGCCACGAGAGCUGGUGGAAUUUGCUAUGGCAAAUGAUGAUAGUGGCCUCCCUCACAAUGGGGGACCCGACUCCAUGUCUAAAAGAUUUGGAACUGAUGCAGCUGAUGAGCUUCAGGAGGAUUAUGAUUCGCAGUAUGAAGAUGGGGAGCUAAGGGAGUCUGGUGGGCGUGCUUGGGAAGAAUAUGAUGCUGUGGACAGAGAAGCUGAACAUGCAGAAUAUGUGACGAACUACAGAGAAAUAUACCCUGCCAGUCCAACUGAAUACCAUGUCUCUGAGUCUGGCCGAGUUGAGGACAGCAACAGUGGGAGAAGGGGACUUGAUGCUGCUGUCUCUGCUCAUAAUUGUAAAAAUGACAAGGAGGUUUAUAGGAAGGCUGCUGAAGUAAUUCGAAAUGUAAGGGAAGAUGAUGAAAGUAACCAAAUAAAGUCGAGUCAUGCUGUAGAUAAAACGGAAUUAGCCCGGGGAAACAAACAGCUUGUGAGUAGUACGACCUUUUCAGAUUUGGCAAAUCGAGCUGCAGAUGCUAAUGAGAAAAAGAAUAGAAUGCCUAGUCAUAUUGAUGGAUCACUAGCUUCUCGAGGUACUGAAUCAAGAGUUCAACCAAAAGUAUUCAGGAACAGCUUGCAGUCACAGCUUGAGGGUCCAGUUGCUCGUGAUGAUGCAUAUAGGGAGGAUUUAUUCAGGAAAAGGGAGAACAGAUUUGACCCUGGCUCCAUGAGAUCUUUUGAGAGGGUGCGAUAUCCUUUUCAGAAUCAAGGAAGAGGACGCCAUAUUGGUAGUUUGGAUAGUUCGUCAGACAAUCGUAGAGGUUUUAGGCGUCAUUACUCACCUAUUACUCAUGGACAUUCGAAAUUUGAUCAUGAUGCUGUUGUGGGGAGAGAUAUCCAUGGACGUGUGAGCACUCAAGAUGUAUCAUAUUCUCAACUUCGAAAAGGUCAAGCUGAUGCUGAAGGAGAGCCUUGUGUUGGAUUUCAAUCGCGCUAUAAAGGUGAUAGGAAGUUCAGCCCUGAUAGAACUGGAGGCUUUGGUCGGGGAAGGUCCUUCAGGUAUGGCCCUUUUGUCGAAGGCAGAGGAGGCAGGGGAAAAUACAAUGGGCCUUCUCCAGAUGAAUCAUUCCAGUCUUCCUUAAAGUAUCGGCGCCCUUUGUCCCGUAGAGAGCAAAGUCUUUCUCCUUUUAGAGGGAGAGGGCAGUCAAAUGUACAACACUCUCGUAGGAAGUCUCCAUCUCGUUCCAGAAGUCGAUCUCCUAUUAUUUGGAAUUCUCCAAGGAGAAGACUGGGGGAUGGAAUUGGUGGUAAUACUUUUCUUAAGCAGCGGAGUAGAUCUCCAAAGUUCAGGUCCGAGGUUAGAAUGCAGAGACCGAGGUCACCACAGCAGCAACCUGGUUUUGGAUUUGAUCAUGCAGGGGGUUUCAGGUCGAUCUCCCAAAACCAUGGCUCUCCUUCCCGUAAUCGAUGGGGUUCUGCUGGGAAGGAGGAACUGGGUCAUUUUAGAGAGAUAGGUCACAAGCAGCGGACUGCUGCUCUGGAUAGAUCACCAGGGAGAAUUCGCUCGAGGGGCGACAGAGAUAGUGCCGUAGGUUCCUCGCGAAUUCUAAAACCCGAUGGGUAUUUUAGAUUUUCAGAGAGAACUCCCGAUGAUGCUGGUAGAGGAGCUAGAUAUGAAGAGAAUUUUGAAGAACGAAGGAAACGUUAUAAUCCCAUUCGUCCUGCUAGACGCAACUUUGAUGAUGGGGUGGAACGUAGAUUGCAUCAGAAUAUUAAUGAGAACUUUUCCAUGGCAAAUAAUUAUCGGGAUAGGGAUGCUUCAAGCUUUCAGGACAGAGGGUUCAGGAGUAUGGACAGCCGCAUUGGUGACGUACCGAGGAGGUUUAGAGGGGAGAAUCGUUCUUUCAUGUGUGAAAGAGAUGGAAAAUAUAAUCCUAAUACAAAGCAAAUUGGGGUUGAUGCGAUGGAUUCAUCACAUAAUCUGAAGUCUGAGGAGCAGUGUUGAGCCAUGACAUCAAUGGAGGGCAUAGAUGAUUUCGAUAUGAGAACUAUGAAGGCAGAUGAAAACACUAUGGCUCAACUAAUAUCAUGACACACAUUGAUAUUGAAGACACAGAUAAGAGAUUCAAUCAUGAUUCAAAAUUUUGAGGAUGGUCCAGAGUUUUGUAGCAGAAUUACAAGGGGAUUUGGUGGACGAGUUGGUAGUUUAUCUACAAGGUUUAGUGAAGACUAGGAGCUAGUUGUUUGUGGACAAGAGGAAAAACUUGAUGAUAAUUCGCGGUCGAUUGCUGUGCAGAAUUUUGGUGUCAGUGAUGCAACAAAGGGAGUUUGUCCUUGGCUUUGACCCGUAGUUUCGUUCUACUUUUAGAAUCCGAUGAUCUAUGGAAAGUAUUGGAUCCCUUUUCUUGUUUUUCAAUGCUUUCCCGAGAGGAUAGCAUAUAAUCCCUGCAAAAUUUCGAGGGUGCUCUUUUAUCUGUCUAUAUUACCCCUCGACACAAAAUUUGACAGGUCUAGGAAUUUUUUAUGUCCAGAUACCUUUUCCUUCACUUAAUAUGGUCUUCGUCUUGCCAUUUUCAUCACAUGUAACUCUUGACAAUGGUGGUUGUAGGGUUGAAUCAAUGAGAUUUUUUGGGGCUCAUCCUGGUUUACAUUUUUCGUGAUUUCUGCUGCUUGUAGUUUUAAACGAAUGUACUCCUGUCAAAGAUGAAGAAAAUUGAAUGCUUGUGUUAUUUCUCUGAAAUGAACUCGAAAUGUAGUUCAUCACAUGCGUUCAGAGAUGUUGUACAUUGAUUUGUUGAUUAAAGAUGUUUUAUGAGGCUC